CGUUUCGCCCACAGCUCCGUUGAGGAUCGCGGCAGCCGUGGGCUGAACGACGCCGCCACCAUGGACAAGCUGUUCUUCACCGACUCGUUCAAAAAAAUCCUGCGAGUGGGGAAAGUGCAGACGGACAACAAUGUCUUCCGGCUCCACUACCGCUUCACAGGCCUCUUCUUGCUCGCCUGCAGCGUGCUCGUCAGCGCCACACAGUUCUUCGGCAACCCAAUCUACUGCGUGGCCCACGACGCCAUACCGGAGCCGGUGAUGAAUACGUACUGCUGGGUGGAAGGGACCAUCACGCUGCCCCGGUCGCUGAACGGCACCGUGGGCAAGCAGGUCGCCUCGCCCGGCGUCGACCAGCGCCGCAUCAGGGACGGCGACGAGGUGAUCGAGCACGCGUACUACCAGUGGGUCUGCUUCGUCCUGUGUCUGCAGGCCAUCAUGUUCUACUUCCCGCGAUGGCUGUGGCGGAGCUGGGAGCACGGACGCAUCCAGGCGCUCCUCCUGGAGCUGAAUAAGCCGCUGCUCGAGGACGAGAAGAAGAACAAGCAGGUGCACGACGUGGUGGAAUACUUCUACAUUCACCGGAGCCAGAACCAGGCGUACGCGCUGAGGUUCUUCAUCUGCGAGCUCAUCAACUUUGUCAACGUGAUCGGGCAGAUGUACUUCAUCGACAAGUUCCUCGGCGGAAUGUUCUCGACGUACGGAGCCGACGUCAUCCGCUUCAUGAACGAAGACCCGGAGGUGAGGGUGGACCCCAUGACUCGUGUCUUCCCCAAGAUGACCAAGUGCCGCUUCCACCGGUUCGGUACCUCGGGAGACGUGCAGAAGCACGACUCCAUCUGUCUCCUCCCGCUGAACAUCAUCAACGAGAAGAUUUACGUGUUCCUCUGGUUCUGGCUCAUCAUUCUCGCGGUGGUCACGGGAGUGACGCUGCUCUACCGCGUAGUGGUGUGCGCGUUUCCCCGCUACCGGUACCUGCUCAUGAAGACCCUCAGUCGCAUGGUGCCUCCCAAGCACAUGGAUCAGUUGGUGAUGAAGGCUGCGUACGGCGACUGGUUUGUGCUCUACCUGCUCAAGGACAACAUGCAGGCGUACCACUUUCGGGACAUCGUGAUCAAGCUCUCUGAGAAGCUGGCAUCCGAGAAGGAUCCGGAUUACGUGGACGGCCCACUCAACUCCACGGCGUAAACCAAAUCGAACCCUUCCGACUUAUCUGACAACGUGACGGAAUAAGCGGUUCGAUGUUGUGACGUAUACGUGCAAACCAUCCAAACAGCGACAAUUCCGCUUAUAUCAAUGUCAUGCAAACCUGUAAUGACUGUGUGAUGUAGCUCAUUUUAACGAGGGUACAGUAAUACUUUGUUCUCGAUUUGAUUAGAUCGCAGUUUAUCCUAUAGGACCCUCUCAGCAUUUUUACAGAAUUAUUGAUAAGGCCCCGAAUAACUGUUUCUUAAACUGCUGAAUACUGAUACAAGUUUAUGUACUCUGCUAGCAGGUGUCGAAAAUCCUCGAGAAACUGAAAAGAUGUUGUUCUUGAUGUGACAUUCUGUAAGAGGGCUGUCAGUAGCCGUCGACGAAGCUUCGGAGCACACGAAUCUUCAAUUUUCACUUAAUGUAUGAAGUCCAAAAGCUUGUUGAACUCUUCAUCGUUAGGACGUCCAACGAUUGAUAAGAUGACUUCGUAAAAUCAAGAAGAAAUUCUAGUUUUGAGGACAUUAUGUACUAACAAUAUGGAGUACUAAGCGUCAAGCGAUAACAUUUUAAAAUCAUGCAAACUGAUUGCUGAAAAAAAAAAGUAUUCUCUGCUUUGCUAUAGAUUUUCUUGACUUGCGACACUCACUAAGCUUUGUAUUUAUAACUCGCCUAUAAUCCUUCGCCACCUUAUUGAUUUUGUUUUGUUUAUAUGGAAUGUGUGUUUCCUUAUUUAAAUAUCAUAGGCGGCUUUCACGACGUCCAUAUAUCCACAAUGCAAUGAUUUUAGUCGCAAGAGCUUUUCAAAUAAUGAUGACGCCUUGGUCCUUCUGGAAUGCACAACAUGGAGUGUUGCAUUGGUUUGUGUUCAUGUUCAGGUUUGAUCAGUGAUCUCGUUUACUAUACUUCCGUCUUACCAGCACAUGUUAUGUAUGUCACCAACAUCUUAUGCUUCUGCACCUGCGCGGAAUACGGAAUACCUGUGUGGAAAACGGGCUAUGAACUGCUCUGUGCUUGUGUUCGCAACAAGUGACCUGCACUCUUUAGUCAAUUACACGUUUACGUGCUCCGAAUUCCAUUGGAUCCCAUACAUGCAUAAUAUAACCCGUUUGAUCUCUGCCGAACUGCCGAACUGCUGUUUAUGAACACAACAUGCUGUUGAAUGCUCCCAUCAAUGCUUCCAUCACUGUUGAAGGAUCCCAUGGUGAUGGGCGACUAUACUACUUGGCUUGUAGUUUGCAGAGCGCUUGUCCUGGCCUGUACAAAUGGGCAACUGAGUGCAACGAUUCUAGCCUCGUUUUACGGUGGCGAUGCUCUUGAGGACUGGUACAUAACACUAAUAAAAUGUUUGUCUUUCGGAGCGCCGAGAUUGUAAAUGACAAGAAGAAAAAGGAACAACGCGUCGAAUAACUUUAAAGGUGUCUAUGACGGUUCUUCUGAUAAAUAAAGCCGUACUAAUUCUC